AUGUCCCCCAGAGCUUCUCAGUUCACCCGAAUGCUUAGUAGGGCUGCGGUUCUUCCUGUCCUGACCAGCCCUGAUUUUCUCUCCCAGGCCGAUGACUUUGUGCGAGCAAACGCCUGCAGCAAGCUGACAGUCAUCGCUGAGCAGAUCCGGUACCUGCAGGAGCAGGCACGCAAGGUCUUGGAUGAAGCUAACAGGGAUGCUGAUCUGAACCAUGUGGCCUGCAACCUUGUGAAGAAGCCAGGAAAUAUUUACUACAUGUACAGGCGGGAGAGUGGGCAGCGGUAUUUCUCUAUCCUGUCUCCUAAGGAAUGGGGUACCACCCCCCAUGAAUUUCUUGGUGCCUAUAAGCUCCAGCAUGACAUGUCCUGGACUCCGUUUGAGGACAUAGAGAGACGAGAUGCUGAAAUAACUGUCCUGGAGAAGCUGCUGAGCCGGCAGGCAGCACUGCCCCCGUGCACGGAGCCCAACUUCCAGGGCCUGACCAAGUCACACAAGUGACCACACAGGACCCCCUGAGCAGAGUCCCUGAGUGAGGGGACACAGUGCCUGUACACUGCCAAAGGCAGGGCAACGAAAGAGACCAAGAAACAAAAAUGCUGAUUGCUCUGUGCUUUAAGGAGACUAAUUCUGCAUUCAGUCUUACUGGAUUUUCUAGUAAUUCAAUAAUUUACUUCAUUGAUCUAUGCCAAGCUGUAGCAAGAGGCAGGUGAUACCAGAAGGUGUGAGUUCCAAGAGCACUUGGAGGAAAAAGCAGAAAUUCUUGGGGCAGAUGUGAUAAUGCUGUAAAAUAACAUCUCCUAUCUGCCUGGCUCUGGUGUACCUCACUGUGAGUGCUUGAGUCAGGUAAUAAUCUCAGGGUUGGAUUUUUCCCCUUAUUAAAAUGCACGUGUUUAGAGAGCUCUGUGGCCUGGGAAGAGUGGUCAAAAGCCUGUGCAAAGGGUCUGCUAUGAUGAAUGUUCUGGUCUCUGUCCUAGCUGGUCAUGGUCCCUGAGCUGGGAACAUGGGGUGACCUGAAGCUCUCUUCUCUGGAAAGAACAUCCUCAACAGUGCCAUGCAGGUGCUCUCCAGAUGAUGUGUGUUUCACAUCCUCAUGCAUUACCCCUUGGAUCUUGGAUAUGCCAGAGCAGUGGGGAGAGUAAAAUAAAUCAACUUUGAUCUCACAUGUAUCACCAAAACAGGCCCUGUGUUCUUUCUGCAUGGCAAAAAUACCUUUAGCUUUGCCAGGAGACUUAGUGGCACGUGGAGCUGGUAUGACACCUCCAGAUUUUUUUCCACCUAGGAAAACUAGGGAAAAGUAAAGACCAGAGCUGCCAAGGAGAUAUCCUCCCUCUGCCCAGCCACACAGGGCUUCUUCAGGAACUUGCCUGCUCUUCUGUGAAGAGCCAAAGUUGGAAUUUAUUGACAGAGAGGAUGUCCAGUUUGGAUCCUGGCAUGUAACACUAGAUCUGGUUGGAUCCUCCCAUGACUUGCUCACUUUCCUGCCAUGACAAGGUGAUCUUAUAUGCUGCUCCAGGCAUUGCAUGUACACAAUGGCCUUGCUACCUCCACAGGCAACAUGGGAGGGUUGGGGACCACUUGGAGCUGAAUUCUGACCCUGGGGUCUGGGCCUGAUAUGGAUGGAGUUGGUGCUUCUUGGUGGAGAACUGUGAGGGCAUCUGCAAAAUCGAAACCCUCGGGGACCAGCAUUGUCACUGUGUUUCGCCAUUGCUGGAGUUUUUGCAGGGUACAGCCUUGCCUCCCAUCUCUGGUGUCCCUCUGUCCUCAUCCCCACACACUGGGAGUUGCUCUGGGAGAUGCUCAAGGCUGCUGGCAGUUCCUCAUGGAAAGAGCUGUUCCUUGCUGGUGUUACAGAGGUUGGGAGGUUUGGGGCAGCUCCCUAGCAGCCCAGGAUUUUUUUUGUCCCAGAUUUUCUUCU